ACGACGCAGGGGAAUAUGCCGCGGCGCCGUGUUCGCGGGGACCGAAGGUUUCCGCGGAAGAGGCAGGGCGGCGGCGCUCGCUGUGAGCCGUGCGUGCAGUGCCGUGCGGAGGCUGCGGGCGCCGCUGUUCACCACGGAGAGAGGAGAGGAGAGGAAGGAGCGGAGCGCUGCAGCCAGCCCCGCCCGCUGCGGCCCGGCUCUCUCGCUCGCUGUGUCGGCUUUGCGGACUGCGAGCGGCCCCAGUCCAAAGAGGCAGAUGGGUCGGAGAGAGCGGGAGACGGCGGGACCAGGCACCGGAGAAAGAGCCGGAACGACAGUGUAAGCCGAAGCGAGUGUCCUGGAGCUGGAGACUCGAACCGGAGCGAGAGACUGAGCCAGAGUCGAAGGUCAAGAGUCGGGUCGGCGGCGGUGAGCUAUCUGAGGGCGUCCGGUGGCGGCGGGGCCGUGUCGGAGAUGUGCGCGGCGAGAGAAGGGCGCUGGGGCCGGAGGCAACGAGCGCUGCUGUGCUGCGUGUUGGUGGCGGCGUGGGAGGCGGUGUGGGGACAGCUGCGCUACUCGGUGCCCGAGGAACUGCCCAAGGGCUCUUUCGUGGGCGAUGUGGCCAAGGACCUGGCGCUGCAGCCGGCGACGCUCCGCGACAGCGGCGCUCGCAUUCUGGACCGGCGUAGGAUGCGGUAUUUCGCUCUGCAUGCGAACAGCGGCCACCUGAUGACGGUGGAGAGGCUAGAUAGAGAGCAGCUGUGCCGGCUAGUGGAGCGAUGCGUGCUGCGCUGUGAGGUGAUCGUGGAGGGUGAGAUGAAGGUUUACGAGAUCGAAGUGGAAAUCACGGACAUUAACGACAACGCUCCCAGCUUCCGAGAGUCCGAAAUAGAACUGAGAGUGAGCGAGAUGACUGCUCCCGGGUCGCGCUUUCCCCUGGCCGAGGCUUACGACCCGGACGUGGGAGUGAAUUCCUUGCAGAGCUACGAGCUGAGCGGCGACGAGCACUUUUCGCUGUUCGUGCAGGCGGGAGCAGACGGCGAGAAGCGUCCCGAGCUGGUGCUGGCCAAGGCGCUGGACCGGGAGGAGGCGGCGUUUCACGAGCUGGUGCUGAGGGCGAUCGACGGCGGCAAGCCGGCACGGACGGGCACGGCGCGCAUCCGCGUGUCUGUGCUGGACGUCAACGACAACGCGCCCAUGUUCAGCCAGGCGGUGUACGCGGUGCGCGUGCCCGAGGACGUGCCCGUGGGCUCCACCCUGCUCACCCUCACGGCCACCGACGGAGAUGAGGGAAUGAACGGUGAUGUGAAAUACUCACUUAAGAAAGCAACGGACCUAGCAUCGGAAAUUUUCUACAUGGAUCCCGAAACAGGAUUGAUCAGGCUGGUGAGGAGCCUGGACUUCGAGGAAGGAGACUCCUACGAAAUGGAAGUGCAGGUACAAGACGGCGGCGGCCUUUCCGACACAGCUACCGUCUCAAUCUCGGUGACCGACGUAAAUGAUAACGAGCCCGAGCUGACUGUGUCGUCGGCGCUGAGCGAGAUCUCGGAGGACGCGCCGCCGGGGACGGUGGUGGCCCUGCUGCACGUGCAGGACCGCGACUCGGGCGCCAACGGCGAGGUGCGGUGCUCGCUGGUCGGCGACGUGCCGUUCCGUCUGCGGAGCUCGGUGGGCAGCUACUACAGCGUGGUGACGGCGCGGGAGCUGGACCGGGAGGAGGUGUCGGAGUACAACGUGACGGUGUGGGCGUCGGACGGCGGGUCGCCGUCGCUGCGGAGCAGCGCGGUGCUGGUGCUGCGCGUGCUGGACGUGAACGACAACGCGCCGGUGUUCGCGGAGGCGCGCUACAGCGCCCGUCUGCCCGAGAACAACGCCGAGGGCGCGCUGGUGCUGACGGUGCGGGCGUGGGACGCGGACUGGGGGCAGAACGCGCGCGUGCGCUACCGGCUGGCGGAGGGGCGCGUGCGGGGCGCGCCGCUGUCGUCCUACGUGUCGGUGCAGGCGGAGACGGGCGCGCUGUACGCGCUGCGCUCGUUCGACUACGAGGAGGUGCGCGAGGUGGGGCUGUGGGUGCGGGCGGAGGACGGCGGCGCGCCGGCGCUGAGCAGCAACGUGUCGGUGCGGCUGCUGAUCGUGGACGAGAACGACAACGCGCCGCAGGUGCUGUACCCGCCGGCGGCGUCGGCGGCGGGCGCGGGCUGGACGGGCGUGGAGCUGGCGCCGCGCUCGGCGGAGCCCGGCGCGCUGGUGGCCAAGGUGGUGGCGGUGGACGCGGACGCGGGGCAGAACGCGUGGCUGUCCUACGAGCUGGCCAAGGCGACGGAGCCGGGGCUGUUCCGCGUGGGGCUGCACAGCGGCGAGGUGCGCACGGCGCGCUCGCCGCUGGCCCGCGACGCGCCCAGGCACAGCCUGGUGGUGGUGGUGAAGGACCAGGGCCGGCCGGCGCUGUCGGCCACGGCCACGCUGACGGUGGUGCUGGCCGAGAGCGUGGCCGAGCUGCUGUCGGAGCUGGGCAGCGCGGCGGCGCCGGCCGAGCCCGGCGGCAGCCUGACGCGCUGGCUGGUGCUGGCCGUGGCGGCCGUGUCGUGCCUCUUCGUCGCCUUCCUGCUGCUGCUGCUGGCGCUGCGCCUGCGGCGCUGGCGCCGCUCGCAGCUGCUGCCGCCGGCCAGCGGCGCCUUGCGCGGCGUGCCGGCCUCGCACUUCGUGGGCAUCGACGGCGUCCGCGCCUUCCUGCACUCCUACUCGCACGAGGUGUCGCUCACGGCCGACUCGCGCAAGAGCCAGCGGCGCUGGGCGGCCGACAGCUCCUGCAACACGCUCCCGGCGCGGCCGCCGCCCGACAAGGCCGCGCCGCUGCUCGGGGAAGACGCUGCCGGCGCCCGCGGCGCCCCGCCCGACGCCCUCCCGGUGAGUCAGUCGCUCCGGACACCCCGACGCCCUCCGUCUCGGCGCUUGCCUCCCUUCCUUCUCCUUGCCUUUCACUCCCUGCUCUCCUUCCCGGCCGGGGAGGUUUGUUGCUGCGCAAGGCACAACUUUAUCGGGCAGUGGUUUGUGGGUGACUGUCCGUGGCUCAAGGGAGCUACACAGGGGCUCUGCUGUCAGUGUUACUUUCUGUGGGUGGUAGUGGAUGAGACAGGGCUUCCAUCUGCAGCUUUGCUCUAGAUGGACUUCUAACUUUUUUUCCCCUGCCAGGUGGUUGCUCCUGUCAAUCCUCAGCAUGUUUCAUGCAUGUUUUCAUUUUUUUUUUUUUUUAACCUAUUCUGACUAUAUGUACACUUGAGAUUAUCAGUUGGUUAGGGUACAACAUCCCUAUAGCCCAUAUGCUUGAUCCAUAGUGUGAGGCUGUCUUAGAAAGAGUCUUAAUGUGACCAUAUUUCAUUUGUCUGCUUUUCGUCUAUGCUCUCCUCAGUGUAUCUUUUACUGCAUGAAGAUUUUCUGAGGACAGAAAUGUCUGUUUUCCUGUAAUGAAUAUCAGAGAAAUAAGCCUGAAUGUUCUAUUUAUGGUAUGCUGUGCGUGAAAGUAUUUUGGAGGAAAAAGGACUGUUUGAGCAUUGACGUCAUCAGAAUUGAAGAGGCUUUACUAGCAAGCUAAUGCUAUUGCAACAGUUGUGUCAUGUCUUCAUUGCUUCAAAUUCUGUUUUAUAAUAUUUGUUUAGAUUGAGGAAUGGAGUGUCAAGACUGAGAGUGAAGUUCUUUUCAUGUCCUGCAGCUUUUGCAUUAUUUCUUUGCUUAUUGUCAAUGUCAAAAGUAGGCCUCAGUGUGGCAGAGAACCCUGAAAAGACUGGAAUAUCUGUUAUUAAUUGUUGAACUGGGGGAGCUGUUUCAAUACAUAACGUGAAUGUUUACUGCCGUGCAGUCAAAGGAAUUGAUAUCCUUAUGUUUCCCUAAAAUAUCCCUGAAUGAUAAGCCCUUAUCAGCGGCCAACAUAUAGUUAGAAGUUGUUUAUUGAGAGUGGUACAACUGAAUGCUGUGAUUGUAGAGGAAAUAGUGUGAGAGGUCUGUUCUGAAGUUGGAAAAUAAGUGUGUCAACAGUGAUAUUUUUUGGGCAGUGGUUUGAUUUCAUUGUGAAUGCCAAUUCAACGUGACUCUUUGUGCCUGGCCACCUAGCCAGCUUUUAAAUCAACCAAGUGUACACCUGUCCAAGCCGUGAGCAGCCUGUUUCUCUAGGAGAAUGCUGUGCAAAAGAGUGUUUAAAAGCCUUGCUGAAGUCAAGGUAGAUAAGCUCCUAAGCCUUUCCAUCAUCCACUGUCAUGUCACCUUGUCGUAGAAGGAGAUCAUGUUCAUGAAGGAGGAUCUGCCUUUGAUAAGCUUAUGGUGUCUGGGCCUGAUCACCUGGUUCCCCUUCAAGUGCCAUGUAAUGGCAUUCAAGUUAAUCUGCUCCAAGAGCUUCCCUGGCAUUGAGAUCAGACUGACACGCCUGUAGUUCCCUUGAUUCACAUUUUUGCCUCAUUUGCUGCUGCAGUCUCAAGUGUGCUUCAUUGUGGCAGAGUAUCUUGACUGGAAGAUACCUUAGAAAUGUCAGGACUAUGGAAGCAGUUUCCUUCCAGACCUUGAAUGUUUCCAACUGUGGAGAGCAUUACUUUGAUGUAUUUCUCUUUCAAUAAAAUGUCAGUGAAUGAUAUGCCCUGUUCUUUCUUGUGUGACAUAUGUCAAGGAGAAGGAUGUUGUCCAUAGCGCAGAUAAAGUGUGUGACUGCGGAAUACACAGGCUGAGGCAGGUUUAGAGUUGGGAAAGUUGUUGUGUCGUUGUGGCUUUGAAUGGGGAAUGUUUUGGUUUCAAAUCUUGUGCCAAGGCCUGCACCAUUUCUGCUCUGAUCGUGCUGUCCCUGUCCUUAGAGGCAAUGUUUCUUUGCUGAGAAUAAAAUAUUUGGCCUAUGUAAAGUGCCUGUGUAGGACAGGUGUUUGAGAUGAAAGGAUGCAUGUGGAGUCACCACCAUGUAUGAAGGUGAAGGCAAAGAAGAGCAGAAGGGUGAUGUGGGAGCAGGUGUGCCCUGGAAGUGCUGAUCUAGAGCUGUAACUGAUCCUGAGUAUUGUUAUAAUCUUAUGCCUGCAAUGUCCAUCUGUGUGCU